AUGAAAAUAUACAUACAGUCUCCUAUGUUUCAGAAAUUUAUAUUCAAUAACUAAAAUUAAAGAAAUAAAUUGUAAAUACCAAUAUCAUCAGAGAAGAUAGAGAAACCCUCACCAAUGUCACGAUCUUUAAAUAUUAAGUAGUAUUUUAGUUUCAUACGAUUUAGUAGAAGAAAGCAAACUUAUAAUACAGUUGAACCAAGGGGAUUGUCAUUAUCAAUAUCAAGGGAAACUCAAAGAAGCUUUUUUAAGGAUACAAUAUAAAAUAGAGUAUUACCUACAGAUUAAUUUCAAACUAUGAUAAAAGAGAUUUAAGUAGGAAAUUCAAUUCAAGUUAUAACAAAGUUGGAACAAGGUCCAUUUUCAAAAAAGACUUAUUUAAUUUUAGGUAUUGCAUAUAAACAAUUAAAUUAAUUUGAUAAAGCAAGGAGUUGGGUAAUUUUGUAAUAUUAUAAAAGUUCAAUAAAUGUUUGUCUGAAUAUCCCAAUUAUUUGGAUGGCUAUAUUUAAUCUGCAGCCCUAGAAUUUAAAGCCUAAAAAUACUAUGAAUCUCUCAAAUUCAUAGAAUAAGCUUUACUUCAUAAUCCAAAUGAUAAAUAAGCAUUAUAAUAUAAAGCACGAUGUCAUUCUGCUUUAAAAUAACAUCAAAAAGCAUUAGAAAUUUAUGAAAAAAUAAACAAUACAGAUUUUUUGGGAAAAUCACGUCAUUGUCUUUCAUUAAUUAAAUGUAAUUAUUUUGAUCAAGCACUCAUUAAAAUUGAAACCAUUUUAUAGUAAGAUAGUGAAAAUGCUGAAGCUUUAUUACUUAAAGGAAUAAUCUAUUUUUAAAAACGUAAUUAAUAGUAAAAUAUUUUAGAAAACUUUGUUGAAUCUUAGAUUUAUAUUGAAUAAGCAAUUUAAAUGUCAACAUCCCAUUAAUUAAGUGCUAAGGCUAUUUCCUAUAUAAUUAAAUCUAAAAUAUGUCUUAUGGAUUUUUAUGAAGCUUAAUUGCAUCUAAUGAGGGCAGAAUAACUAAAAAAAAGUUUUAAAUGCAUUUAAAAAUUAAAACCAUUUGUUAAUGGAACUAUUAAAUUAAUGAAAAGAUAAUUUGCAUAAGGACUUAAGUUAAUUAAAGAAUUAAAACCAAUUAGCAAAUUUAUAUAGCCAAUUUAUUAUAAAUUUUUAGCUUAUGCAUAAUUCUGUACAAAUGAUUAUGUAUCAGCCCUUAAAUCUUAUGAAUUGAUAAAUCCUAUAGAAAGAGGAUAACUUUAUAAUAGACAUCUAGCUGAAGCUUUGAUUCUAAUAUAAAAAUGUAAAUUAUAUGAAAAUAAUCAGGUUAGUAUGAAACAUCAAUUAGGUUGAUUGAUAAAGCUAUAGAUAUAUUUCCAAAUAAAUUAGAACCGUUUUACCUUAAAGGUGCAAUUAGUUUACUUUAUAAAUUGUAUGAUGGAGCAUAAGAAUGUGAGUAGAUGAUAGAGUUAGCUUUUACUAAAUAAGGAAAACAGCCCAACAUGUUUUUUGCAAGAGCUUUGAUGAAAUCUUAUAAAAGAAGAUAUACUUCAGCUAUAAAAGACUUAGAAAAAGCAAUUGAAAAAUGUGAAGAUAGUAUCAGUGAUCAUUUUUAUAUCAGAGGAAUUUUACAUGCUUAAAGUAUGAGAAUGAAAGAAGCCAUAAAAGACUUUACAACAGCAAUACAUUUUAAUUAAGAACAUUCAGAAUCGUAUUUAGAAAGAGCUAAAUGUUACUAAAUAAAAGGAGAGUAAUAUUUUAUAUCAUUUUUAGUACUGUAUAAAGUUUUUGUGAUAUGAAUAAGUAUGUAAAGUACAAUAAUUCAGGUGAAAUUCAUUAUUGGAGUGGAAGCUUAUUAUUUCAUAAUAAUGCUUAUGAAGAAGCUCUUAAGGCAUUUAAUGAUGCAAAAUAAACUAAUUAAAUAUUAAUUUUAAAAUUGAAAUGUGAAAUUAAAUUAUAACAAAUAGACAAAGCAUUUUUAACAUCUAAUUAAAUAAUUUAAUAAAAUUCUAAAGAAUCUAAAUACAGAAUUGAUUUUUUAAUGUUGACAUAUAUCAAGUAAAUCUUAGAUUCAAUACAAAAUAAAAAGGCUUGUGAUUGUGUCAUAUUUCCUUCUAUUGAGUAAAAUGAAGUAGGCUUAAUAUUUUAACCUUAAGAUGUACUUUUAUUCAAAGCAUCAAGUAUAAUAUAUUAGCACAAAUACAAUGAAGCUUUAUUGAUUCUUACAUAACUCGAGAAUUAUUGGUUGAAAUUACAAAAAGAUAGAUUAAAUAGUAUAUCAAGUCAUUAAGAUGCUGAUUCAGAGAAGAGUGAAAAUCUUUCAAAUGAAAUGAUAUUGAAAUCAGAAAGAAUUGUGUAACAUAUAAUAGGUAUAAAAUAUAAUAUGGCAAUUAUUUACUUAUUGGUAUAGCAUUAUCAUAAUUGAAUAGUUAUUGCAAUACACAAAUGCUAAAUUGAAGGUAGAAGAUAUAAGAGAAUUAGUUGGUAAUGUAGUUUCAGAUGAAUUGCAUUAUUUAAAACUUUUAAUCUAAAAUUAAAUAGAUAAAAAAUCUACUCAAAUAUUUAAUAAACAAAUCCUUACUUUUUUAAUGAAUGAAAAAAGUCUUUUCAAUGGAUUUCCAACAAUAAAAAUACCAUUAUAUGCAUAAGGAGUUUUUGAAUGCAAAUUAUCUCUUAAUUUCCCAGAUAUUUAACCUCCAAAUAUAUGUCCAGAAUUUAAAAAAGAAUUUUUAUUCAUGAUUAAAGUAUAUUAAUAUCACUAAAAAUUUAGCCAAAUCUUAUAGAAAAUAAACCUGAAGCUCCAUGGCUUUAGAGAACAUCUUAACAAGUGGUUAUUUUUACUUAAAAUUAAUUAAAUGAUGAUUUAGAUCUAACAACUGAUGAUGAGGAGAAAGUUAAUGAAAAAAGGAAAAACAAGAGAUAGGUUUAAAAUUUAGAAAUUGAUGAAAAAGUAUAAAAGCGUUUGGAUUAGUUAAUGAAAAAAUUAUGA